CCCAACCACCCUUUUCUACUGAAUUCGCCGGCACUCUUCAUUCUUCGUUGCGACAGCCCCCCGCACACCCACUUGCGCUAGCAGCCAAGUCAGCCCACUCUGCCACGGACAGCCUUUGGACCCGAGGACCACGCCAUGUCCGAGUACAGCUAUGCACCGCGCCGGGACCACCGCACCCGCGAGCCCGAGUACGUGACGGAGACGACGUACAUUGAGCGCGGCGGCCGGGGCGCCCCCGUGCGCGACCUCGUCUACCGCCCGCGUGACGACAGCAUCGAGGACAUCCCGCGCGACUUCCCCCCCGGCACCGAGUACCGCCAGACCAAGUACCGCGAAGAGUAUGUUCCUCCCCGUCGCACGCGCUCGGCGAACCGCGGCUAUGACGACGACCUGGCCUACGGUCGCAGCGAUCGCGGACGUCGCCCUCCUGGCCGCGGCGGCUAUGACGACUACGACGACUACCCUCCUGAGCGCCCCAAGCCCUCGCGCCGCAAGUCCAUCGUCGACAACAUCAAGGAGUUCGGCGAGGCGGCUGGCCUGGGAGGCGUCAUCGGCGCCGUCACGGGCCGCAAAGGCUCGCGCUCCCGCUCUCGCUCGCGCCAUCGACGAGACGACCGUGGCUACGACAGCGAGAAGUACGGGCGCUACGACGACCAUCGGAGCAGCCGCUACGACUCACGCUCACGCAGUCGCAGCCGCGGCGGUCGCAACAAGGAGAAGUCGGACAAGUGGCAGCAGGCCGCCAAGGCCGCCGUCGUCGCUGGUGCUGUCGAGGCUUUCCGCAGCCGCAACGAGACCGGUCCCUGGACGGGUGCAAAGGGCCAGCGGAUAGCGACUGCCGCUCUGGGUGCUGCUGGCAUCAACAGUCUCGUCGACAGAGACCCAGAAGUGCACGAGAAGCGCCACGUCGCCGAGUCCGCCCUGGGUGGUCUCCUCGCCAACCGAGCUGUCCACGGCGCCCGUUCUCAGUCCCGCGGUCGCGACAGCCGCGACGGCUCGAGGUCUCCGUCUCGCACCCGCGCCCGCUCUCGCUCCAUCUUUGGCCGCUCUCGCUCCCGUGGACGCUCCAAGUCCCACUCCCGCGACCGCUCCCAGGAUGGCCGAGGAAACGGCCUCGCCAAGGUCGCCGGUACCGGAGCCGUCAUCGCCGCAGGCAAGGCUCUCUACGACCGCGUGCGCUCAAAGUCCCGCUCCAGGCGUGAGCGCUCGCGCUCGUCCAGUGCAGACAGCUACGUACCAUCUCGGAGGAGCCGCCGCUCGCAAAGCCGCGGCCGCAACUAGCCGCAGGAGGCGGAGCGGGUGCAAUGGCGCUGGCCUCUUCUGGUGGAAGACAGCGUGGGCGGGGAGUCAGUAGCGACUCUGAGUCGUCUACGGACAUGGAAAAUCAGCGCAAG